AUGAAGUUGGCAGAUGACAUACCAUUGUCAGAAAACUCAAACAUUGAAGCCAAGAAGGAACAAAAGAUAGAAUUCCCAGAUUCCCCUUUGUUUCGUGUAUGGGGUAAAGAUCUAAAGAAAGAGCAACAAAUUGCAGCUCAAGAGCUAUUUCUUAAAUAUGGAUACAAUGUCUACCUUAGUGACCGCUUGCCUCUGGAAAGAUCUCUAAAAGACACUAGAGUGCCCAGAUGUCUAGAGAAAAGAUAUCCACAUGAUCUCCCAACACUUAGUGUCAUUCUUAUAUUUUUUAAUGAGGCUACAUCCAUCAUCUUACGUGCAAUCACAAGCAUAAUUAAUCGAACACCUUCACAUCUCCUGAAAGAAAUUAUCCUGGUUGAUGAUUUCAGCACAAAUGAAGAGCUAAAAGAACCAUUGGAUGAGCAUAUAAAAAACUACAAUGUUUUGCAUCCUGGACUGCUGAAAAUUGUAAGACAUCAGAAAAGAAAAGGUCUCACAACAGCUCGGAUUUCUGGCUGGAACGCAUCCAGUGCAGAUGUGGUGGUUAUCUUGGAUGCACAUAUUGAAGUUAAUCUUGAAUGGGCUGAACCCAUCCUCUCCAGAAUAAAGGAAGACCGCACUGUUAUCAUUUCACCAGUGUUUGAUAACAUCCGCUUUGAUGAUUUCGAACUUGUUCGCUAUACUGAGGCUGCAGAUGGAUUUGACUGGGCCCUUUGGUGUCUCUAUGAAGCAAUACCAGAAGACUGGUAUGCAUUAAAAGAUGAAACAGCACCAAUUCGGAGCCCUUCUGUAAUGGGAAUACUUGCGGCAAACAGAAAAUUCCUUGGAGAGAUUGGUGUCCUGGAUGGUGGAAUGCAUAUAUACGGGGGAGAAAAUGUGGAGCUGGGCAUCAGGGCUUGGCAAUGUGGAGGGAAAGUUGAAGUCUUACCCUGUUCAAGGGUUGCCCAUCUGGAGAGAGCUCACAAACCAUACUUAUUGGAUUUGUCCCUUGCUAUGAAACAAAAUGCAUUACGUGUUGCAGAAGUGUGGAUGGAUGAGUAUAAAUACAUGGUCUACUAUGCAUGGAAUGUUCCUAUUGAGAAUCCUGGAAUAAACUAUGGAGAUGUUUCUUCUAGGAAAAAACUAAGAGAGAAAUUGAACUGUAAAAGCUUUGAUUGGUAUAUAAAAAAUGUAUAUCCUAAUUUAGUACUUCAGACCGCCAUUGUUGGCUAUGGAACAAUAAAAAAUGAACUGAGUGAGGACAUCUGCAUAGAUCAAGGCCCAGUUCCUGGAAACACUCCCAUAAUGUACAGCUGUCAUGGAUACAGUCCACAGCACAUGUUCUAUCUCAGUACUGGAGAGCUCUAUGUUGGAGGCUUACGAUCUCGACGAAAUACAGUUGACAGAUGCAUGACUGACUCUGGUGAAAGAGAGCUGCCCAUUAUAGAGCAGUGUAAUGAAGCCAUUGCAAAAGAACUGAAUAUGCAUUGGGAUUUCAAACAAGGAUCAUCUAUAAUCAACAGGAAAACUAAAAGAUGUCUUGAAAUUGUGAAAGAACAGGAAUCCCCAUAUUACAGACUUGUUAUGCAAAACUGUACAGGUCAAAAGUGGAUUAUUCAACACACUGUGAAGAACUGGGGGAAGAAGGAAACCAAAGGAUAA